AUGGGCGAGGAAGGAGCUGCUCCACCGGCAGCACCUCCAGCUCAAACUCAGGUAUCUGGUUCAGAUGGAUCAGCAGUGCGGCUUGUCGAUCCCGUCGAUCGGUAUGCUGCUCUCAUUGUCAGAGGCACCAUCGUAGGUAUGGGAAUAGCUGGUGUGGCGCUGUUUCUGCGCAAUUCUAGAUUGUUUGCAAGAUUCGAACAUGUGGCCCAGAUUCCAAAAGAGUUCAUUCGGAAGGAGCUCCAGUUGAAAGGAACAGUUCGUGAGGUACUACCCACCGGGGAGCUGCGUGUGGAACAUUCUCCCGUGGUCAGUCUUCCUUCCUUCUUCUUAAGGAAAAGGCCAGCGAAGGGUCUUCUAAAUAUUCGCCUUGCCGGUGUCGAUAUGUCUGAAGCAGGGCAGCAAUUCAUAUCGAAGGAUCUGCGUCUAAAGAAUAAGCCGAUCACGUUCACUGUUAUAAAGGCCAGCGACAAUUCGAGUGACGCUGUUGAUGCGGAUGUAACUGUAAAAAAGAACGCAUUCUCACGAACAAAUUUGAACAUCGAGGUGGUGCGACGCGGCUAUGCACGUGUUCCACCGCCUGAAUCACCGCGACAUUUGAAGGCUCUUCAGUCGAUUCCAGCGUAUUCAAGGCUAAUCAACCGUCUGUUGACGAGUGAAAAGGUAUGA